AUGGAAAUCUCUCAUAUCUUCUUUUUCUUCUUUCCAACACAAUCCGAGCUUGGUUUUGAUCCUCAACACAGAACCUCAAUGAGCUACCAACGACGUGUGCUUAGAAGGUUGGAAAGGUUUCGAGUUGAACAACUAUGUCCAUCCCGAGGCAAUGGACUCGUGUUCCUGAACCCGGUUGCAACUUUGAGGCUCCCUUUUAGAUUAAUAGGGAAUGUGACGAAAGGCUUAUCCCAUAUUGUCAAGUUGAUGUCCUCUACAUCUUCCGUGUUUUUCCUAUUCGUGUUUGAUUCUAUGCUCGGAGCUUUACAUUGGUUAGCAGAGGAUGGGCCUGUGGUGGCUUACAAUCCUAAUGAUCAAAAGACAUGCCUAUUCAUCCAUCGCUCACAAGAGAUACAUCAUGCUUAUUAUGGUGGCGACGCAGCUGUUUCAGAGACCUUAACCAUCUCCAUGAGCCAUCUACGCAUCCUUCAGCUCGUUGAAGCUGCUGGUCAUCGCCAUCUCUCGAUUUGGACACUCGUGGACUACAAACAGUCCAUAUGGAAACAAGAGCAUGAUCCUAUCUCUUUCACUGACCUUCCAUGGCUGCAAGACUGGAGAACAUCAUCUACCCAACACAAUACGUCCUUACUCUUGGUUGGUUUCAGGAAAAAUCAAAAAACCAGAGAGCGCAUUCUUUAUCCACAACCUUUAUGUUGUCAUCCAUACAAUCCGCAGCUCGUUUACUUUUGUUUGUCCGAAAGUAUCGUCUCUCUUGAUGUCGCAACAAAGAAACUGCAGUUAAUUACAAGACUCAGCAAAAGAGGCACAGAAGGCGUUUACUGGAACCAAUAUGACAAGGUGAUACCAAUGACAAUGCAGUUAGAUCCCUCUCUAGUUCCAGACCAUGGCCAUGUACUGUAG